AUGAAUACACUUCGUUCCAAGCAAAUUGCGUUUGGCGCAACAGCUGCAGCAGUUGUGUCAACUCAAUUUUUUUUCAAUUGGGGCGUAAACAAGACAAUCUAUCCUCCAAAUAGCACCACCACUGAUAAUAGAUUGUUUCCAACAUAUGUUUAUGACCGUAAUGAAUUAAGCGAUUUAAUACUCUUUAAAGAACCAUUGUUACUCAAUUUCACCUAUCAAGGGGACAAAAAGUGUAACAAGCUCACACAAUCGUUGUUCGAUAUUUUAGCCUACAAGGAGAACUAUCCAUUAGAUAGUAAGAAGAAUCCGGUGAACUUGGCGAAUAUAUCGUGUGAUACGCCUGGUGCUAGAGAUUUGAUGCUCACGUAUGGAAUCAACAAGGUGCCAUCUGUACUUUGUUUACACAAGCAAAUUCCAUACGAUAAAUAUGUUCCUAAGGAUCUCGAAGGCGGGGUUAAUGAACAAGAACUUAAGGCUUGGAUAGCAUCUGUUGCUAAAUGA